AUGCGGCAGGGUGUGGCUUCCGCCCUGUUGAGGGGUCUGCAGGCGACCCGCGCCAGCUCCAGCCUGGCUGAGAGCUCCAACCUGGUCAGGGCGUACAGUUCCGCCAACACCCCCCUCACCGCGACCCUCUUCCCUGGAGAUGGCAUCGGCCCCGAGAUCGCGGAGGCCGUGCAGACCAUUUUCAAGGCCGCGGAGGCCCCCAUCGUCUGGGACGAGCAGCACAUUGGCAAGGAGGUGGACCCGCGCACCAACAGCUUCAUCACCCGCGAGAAUCUGGACUCCGUCCUGAAGCAUCGCAUCGGGCUCAAGGGCCCCAUGACCACCCCCAUCGGCAAGGGGUUCCGCUCCCUGAACCUGACCCUGCGCAAGGAGCUGCAGCUGUACGCCAACGUGCGCCCCUGCGUUAGCAUCCCCGGCUACAAGACGCGGUACGACGACGUCGACCUGGUGACCAUCCGCGAGAACACGGAGGGCGAGUACUCCGGACUGGAGCACGAGGUGGUCCCCGGCGUGGUGGAGUCCCUCAAGAUCAUCACACACGUGGCCAGCACACGCGUGGCGGAGUUUGCCUUCGACUACGCGCAGAAGAACAACCGGCGCAAGGUCACCGCCGUGCACAAGGCCAACAUCAUGAAGCUGACCGACGGCGCCUUCCUGCGCUGCGUGCGUGCGGUGGCGGAGCGCUACCCCGACAUCAAGUACGAUGAGAUGAUCGUGGACAACACGUGCAUGCAGCUGGUCACCCGCCCCACCCAGUUCGACGUCAUGGUCAUGCCCAACCUCUACGGCGACAUCUGCUCCGACCUCUGCGCCGGCUUGAUCGGCGGCCUGGGCCUGACGCCCUCGGGCAACAUUGGAGCCAACGGUCUAGCGCUCAUGGAGGCGGUGCACGGCACCGCCCCGGACCUGGUGGGCAAGGACGCUGCCAACCCCACCGCCCUCCUCCUCUCCGGCGUCAUGAUGCUGCGCCACCUGCGCCUGACUGACGUGGCUGGGAACAUCGAGCAGGCGGUGCUGGCCACCAUCGCGGAGGGGCAGUACCUCACCCGCGACCUGGGCGGCAAGUCGGGGACCAAGGACUUCACCAAGGCCAUCAUCGGGCACCUCAAGUGA